AUGUCUCAGCCUGUUGAUUGUGGCCCGUUGGCCCACUCCACCAUCCCCUACUCAACCACCCCCCAAACACCCAAACCACCCCAUGCACCCCAAUACUCCUCCCCCAUUAACGCGGAGCCCCUCCACCGCUACACAACCGGCGGCUACCACCCAAUAACCCUCGGAAGCCUCCUCCAUCAAGGAAGAUACAAAAUCCUGCAUAAACUAGGAUGGGGCGGAUACUCCACCGUCUGGGCUGCUAGAGAUGAACAAGAAGGGAAGUAUGUCGCUAUUAAGAUCUGCGUAGCGGAGGAUCAUAGCAAUAGAGGGCAUCGAGAGAUGAAUGUCUUGAAGAGUCUAGAUGACGCUCAACACAUCGUGCGCCUGCUCGAUCACUUCGAUAUUCAGGGACCUAAUGGGAUACAUCCCUGUUUGGUUCUCGAGAUGCUGGGUCCAAGUGUGUCUGAUCUGGUGGAGGGGCGGUUUGCAGUUGGGAGACUUCCUGGGAGUUUGGCUAGGGGUGUUGCGCGGCAGGCUAUGAUGGGACUUGAUGCAUUGCAUCGUAGGGAGAUUGCGCAUGGAGACUUUCAUAUUCGCAAUCUGGCCUUCACUAUACCAUCUGUGGCCAAUAUUCCCGAAGAUGAAUUCAUCAAUCUACUAGGAAAACCAGACAUCGGAUACGUCCGCUGCAAUGAUGGUGGACGUCUGGGGCCUGGUAUACCGGAGUAUAUUGUUAGACCUGCGAAUAUACAUUCACGAUCACGGCCUUUAUCAAAUACCAUCAAGAUAGUCGACUUUGGUGAAUCUUUCCCACAGAAUGAUGCUCCUGAGAUGCUCCACACUCCAUUAGUUGUUCGGGCACCUGAAGUGAUAAUCAAAGACCGUCUGGAUUAUCGUGUGGACUUGUGGAGUUUAGGCUGUAUGUUAUUCGAGUUGUUUGUCGGUCAACCUCCCUUUGAUAGCUUCUUGAUCACUCCCAAGAUUCUCGUUGAGCAAAUGCAGGAGAUAACGAAUGAAGCAUUGCCUGACAGAUGGGUACCUUUAUUGGAGUCAAUGCGUGGCAAAGAUGUCACUGAAGACGGGGGACCUGGUUUGCAAGAGUGGCUAGAGGAGAUGUACUUUGAUGGUGAGCGCAAAGAAGACUUGUCCAGAGAUGACAUCGUGGAGCUGGGGAGGAUUAUUCGGAAGUUGUUACGCUUUGAGCCAGGUGCUCGUGCUUCGGUAGAGGAGAUCUUGGAUGAGCCUUGGUUUAGAGCUUGA